GUGCAGGGCAAAAGGCCGUUGCGCAAGUGUCCAAUAAAAGGGUGUGAAGCAGAGGUGGUAGACCUCCCUCGACACUUAAGGGGUGUUCAUGGUUGGAGCAAAGAAAUGUCAAGAAAGGCAACAUCAAGAUAUGGGAUGAGAAAAAGUUUCCUGCCAAAACCUGUUAAGAAGAAGUCCGAAUCCGAUGACAGCAAAAAGAUACAUAAAGACUAUCACCGACACCGUCCAUGUCCGAUUGAGGGUUGCAAGUCAGUGGUGAAGCGCUUGUCCGCUCAUUUACGGCAAGUGCAUAGGGACAUCCCGGUAGGGUCACCUUUGUACAAAAAAACUUUGAAAGAAGCUGGUGCUACGAAAACGUGGAUACCUUCGAAAAAAGCUAAAUGUUCUCGUUCAGAGAUGGAUACAUUGCACUCCCCUUCGGAUCAGUCUGAAAAAGAGGUAGAGAUGACAAAUAACACUGAUCCUUCCGACGUACCGUCAAAUAACGAAGAGCUAGAAAUUAUGGAAUUGGCAGAAGAUGUUGAUUUCUCAAAUGAGGAACAACAGCUCGAUGUGAUGUUCUCCUUUUGCAGUUGGUUGCAGUCUGCAGAUGGCGGUAGAAAGGAUCCUAAGCUAUCCAAACAACAUGCCUCCCAGUUGUCCCGUAUUCUGGAAAUAAUUGACCCAACAAAGAACUUGAGGUCUUUGUUUAGAAAGAGUCUUCUUCGGGACAUUUUUUUAAAGCAUGCAGAAACGAAGUAUACCGCUGAUACCAUUAAGGCGUAUCUUCUCAGUUUGAGGCAUUUCUGUUCGUACGUGACAUCAGAGAAACCUGAGUGUGUAGAUGUUGAUCCUGCCCUUGUCAGCCAAAUUGCAGAGAAAGCACGUCUUUGGUCCAUGUCUUACAAAAAGGAUAGCAAACGGAGGCAUCUAGAGAAGAUGAACAAGGACCUCAACAACCUAGUUCAAAAUAUCGGCCACGCCCAUCUUUAGAUAAUAUCCUGGUUGGUGAUCAUCGUGUAGAGCGGUCUGACAAAGCUAGGAACAUAGGAGUUGUUUUUUUAUGAGACCUUGUCACUGGAUAAGCAUGUGAGUUCCGUUUGUAAAUCUGCUUUAUUUCAUCUUCGGAAUAUCGCGAAGAUUAGAAUGUAUCUGACUUCCGAGAGCACAAAGACCCUCGUCCAUGCUUAUGUUACUUGUCGACUGGACAAUUGUAACUCGUUGCUCCUCGGGUCACCGGAGUAUAUUAUUCAGAAGCUCCAGCGCGUUCAAAACUGCGCUGCACGCCUUGUAGCUGGGCAACCUAGGGCUGCGCACAUUCGCCCCGUCCUUAAGGAGCUACACUGGUUACCUGUGGAGCAGCGAAUUACCUUUAAAGUAUUACUGUUAACUUUUAAAGCUCUCAAAAACCUGGCGCCUCCGUAUUUAAGUCAACUUAUAGUCCCAUAUAACCCUACAAGAAAUCUUAGGUCAGCUAGCAAACAUUUAUUAGAAGUACCGAGUGUGCGCCUGAAGAGCUAUGGGGACAGGGCCUUUUCGGUCGCUGCCCCAAAGCACUGGAAUGAUAUUCCCUUAGACAUUAAAUUAAGUGGAUCAGUUUAUGUUUUUAAAUCUAGAUUGAAAACUUAUCUUUUUAGACUCGCUUUCAGUUGACUUUUUGUUUUGGUGCUAUUGUUAGUUAUUUUUUUUUUUUUGAUUGUAAAGCGAUAUAGAGCUUUUGUAUAUACCGCUAUACAAAUAAAGUUAUUAUUAUUAUUAUUAUUAUUAUAUAAUCAAUGAGUUUGAACGGAGUGAGUCGGCACGGAGCGUUGUCGGAUACAUAGAAAAACUCACUGGAGCGCAUUCACUGGUUGUAAACCAAGCCGUGUACACUCUUAUCAGAGAUUUUCUACUCCUUGAAAUUACCAUUGCAAAUGCACACCGAUCUGGCGUGUUAGCUAAUAUGACAGUUGGCGAAUUUAAGGCUGCAAAGGAAAAGCAGGAUAGCAUCGUCCUAAGUGUCAAGAAGCACAAAACAGCGGACACUCACGGCCCAGAGAAUGAGAAUGAGAGUGACGAAGCUUACGUAUUUUUGUCUUGGAAUGGGGAAAAGAUGGAGUCUGGCCAAAUCUGCACUGCUAUAAAUGCAGCGUGGGGAAAAGGCGGAAUGCAAGGGCACAUCUCAUCAACUUUGUUUCGCAAGUCUGCUGUCACGAAUGUGCACGCGCGGCAUAACGAGUUGAGAUCAGAUUUGGCCGACCUUAUGGCGCAUAAAGAGACCACCGCACAGAGAUUUUAUCGCCUUAAGGAAAAGGAAGAAGCAUGUCUACAAGCUGCAUCCAAUCUUCCUUGCAUUAUGAGAUUGUCUAACCAGAAAGAAAUGGAGAACCAGCCUGAAGCAGCCGGCACGAAAUCUGAUGAUGGUGCUUCAGGGACAGUUGGCGACAAAAACACCGCUGUUGAAAGUUUCAAGGAACGUAUAGAGUGGAAAGAGGAAGAAGUGAUUGCCUUAAGAAAGGUCUUCGCCAAAGAAAUUGAAUCGAAAUCAGUAACCAUGGCAGCUGUUAAGAACAAGACUGAAGGCCAUCCUACCCUCUCUGAUCUCAGCCCGAGAAGGGUUUAUGAUAAGAUUCGAAGCGAGUGGCGGUAUAGCGACAACAUCAGUGCGGCUGACGAGCAACCUUCGGCUGAAUUGCCCAAAGAGAGCGACUCUCUGACUGACAAGAUAGACCGAUUCUUUUCAAAUGAUCAAAGUAGUGUAUCCUUUGAACCUCCCUCAAAUUCAAGCUAUGUGAGCCAUAAUAUCUUCAGUGAUGAGCAGAGAAAGUGUCUUCUCAAAGUGUGUGGUGGCAUCGUAAGAUGUGGCGUAAUCUCACAAAAAGCGACGAAGGAGUUACUUGAGAAAGACGACUUUGGUAAAGACAUUUUACGUCAGUUUACUAUAAAACAAAUUAUCAAUCGUUUAAAAUACGAAAGACGGUUAAUUCGAAAUAAGUAA